GACGAUUCCCAUGUUUGCUCGAUAUUUACUUUUGCAGUCUCGGGUUAUCAUUUAUUGAGUUGAUUGUUGGUCAACUUACCAGCCACCAAAGAUGGGCGAACUCUCUGAGCCUCCCAAUGGCCAUGUCAAAAACAGCGUCUCGUGGCAAACAGCUCAUUCAAAAACCCGACCAAAACACUUCUCAACAGACAUUCUCAUCGCAGGCGGUGGAUUGGGCGGUGUCGCAGCUGCGCUCGGAGCUCUCCGUCGAGGCCGGCAUGUUUUUCUCACUGAAGAAUAUGACUGGCUAGGCGGCCAAUUGACCAGCCAAGCUGUACCUCCUGAUGAACAUACCUGGGUUGAGCAAUUCGGUGUCACACGGUCUUAUCGAGCACUUCGUGAUGGCAUACGGCAGUAUUAUCGCGAUAAUUACCCGUUGACAGAGGAGGCGAGACGAAGGGCGCAGUUGAAUCCCGGGGCGGGACAUGUCAGCAAACUUUGUCAUGAGCCGAGAGUUGCUGUGGCUGUUAUCGAAGCCAUGCUCAUGCCGUUCAUCGGUAGUGGACUUCUCACUGUUAAGAAACGCGUCAAGGCUGUUUCUUGUGAGAUGGUUGGGCAAGUUGUGAGGUCUGUGGAGUUUCGAAAACUGGAUGAUGGAGGGACUUUCACUGUUGACGCAAAGUACGUCAUUGAUGCUACAGAGCUAGGAGAUUUGCUACCCAUCACCAAGACGCCAUAUGUGACGGGAUUUGAGUCUCGAAAGGAUACAGGAGAGCCGAGUGCGCCGGAGGAAGCGCAGCCUCAGAACUCUCAAGCUGUAUCGAUUUGUUUCGCCGUGGAUCACAUUGAGGGCGAAGACCAUACAAUUCCCAAGCCUGAGAGAUACGAUCACUGGAGAAGCUGUCAUCCUGACUUUUGGGGUGCGCCAUUGCUUGGCCUCAAAGCACCGCAUCCUCGAACUCUUGAGAUUGUUGAGCGAGAGUUUACGCCAAAUCCGAACGAUGAUCCAGCUUCAGUGAUUUCAGACCAGAGAAAGUCAGGAGGCGAUAUGAAUCUCUGGACAUUUCGACGAAUUGCAGCCAAAGACAACUUUAUCCCUGGGGUGUAUCGUUCAGAUAUCUGCCUUGUAAACUGGCCCAUGAUCGACUACUUCGAAAAGCCUAUCAUCGAUGUCUCAGAGGCUGAACUUCAAGAACGUCUCGCUGAAGCUGCGUCUUUGUCGUACAGUAUGCUGUACUACCUCCAAACAGACUGCCCACGCGCCGAUGGAAAGGGUACAGGCUACCCUGGUCUUCGCUUGAGAGGUGAUAUCACAGGUACAGAACACGGUCUCGCCAUGGCCCCCUACGUCCGUGAAUCUCGACGCAUUAAAGCUAUCACCACAGUUGUGGAGCAAGAUCUCUCCCUUGACGUCCGCGGUUCCAAAGGCGCAGUGCACUAUCCUGAUAGUGUCGGCGUAGGCAUGUAUCGCAUCGACCUUCAUCCAUCGACUGGCGGUGACAACUAUAUCGAUGUAGCCUGCUGCCCAUUCGAGAUUCCACUUGGUGCUUUGAUACCAGUUGAGAGACCUAACUUACUCGCAGCUUCAAAGAAUAUCGGGACUACGCAUAUUACGAAUGGAUGUUACAGGUUACAUCCUGUUGAGUGGAAUAUUGGUGAGGCAGCGGGGUUGUUGGCAGCGCAUUGUUUGGAUAAGGAAUUAUCGCCGCAUGAAGUACGGGGGAAGAAGCAGUUGUUUCAAGAGUUUCAGGAUAUGAUCAUCAGAGAGGGUAUUGAGACGGAGUGGCCUGAUGUAUCUGGAUACUAA